UAUCUGGCUGUCUACCGGCUGGUCGCCAUAUUACUGGCGAAGGAGUUUCUUGUCUUUUGUUAUACAUAUUCGUCGUUAGCGACGAAAGGGAGUAGAGAAUACUCCCUUUUUUGUGUAAAAUCUUGUGUGUUUGUAAUUUUACCAAUUGGUAAAGUUUGGUUGAAUAAUAAGAUACAUUUUUCUUUGUUUUGUAUCAUAAACAUGGCUUUCUAAAAUGUCGGCCUUGCACGUAAUAUCGUUGUCUCCUUGCGGAGUAUCCCGCUCAUUUGUUUUUGUGAAUGUUGGAGGAAUCCAGAAUGGACAAGAAAUCUUUAAAUCGAUCAUCUCAAUCACAGUCGAGGGCAUCCGCCGUCGAUUGUAAAAAGAAUACAGAUUUAACACACAAACCUUGGCCACGGAAUAAUAGGAAACGAGAAGGAUCUAAUAAUACUCCUAAAAAUGAACCAUAUCGUAAAAAUGCACUAUCUCAGAGGGGCAGGGGACCAGUUGAUAGGAAACCACGUCCUCGUGGUUCUUCUGGAUUCCUUGUGGGUGGAGCGUCGAGCACCGGGAUAGAAGAAGAUGAUGAGCCUGAAAUUGGCUCAGUACUUGUGCCUGGAAGCAAAAAGCAAAACUUGAACCAUUUGCUGAACUUCAUGUAUCCCACUCGAGGUGGCCAGGAGCGCAGAGGAGGACAACCACAGCCUCGUCGUCAAGGACAGCGCGUAUCAUAUAGACAUGAGCACGAUCUUUAUCUCCGUGCAUAUUGCCAAUUUAUAUUGAAGGAAGAUGGAGAUUACAAGGCAAACUUACUGGAUCCUGAUGUGCCUGUUAAGUGGGAUCAAAUUGAAGAAAUUGUGGUGAGAAGCACGGGUCGCUCCGAGUGUCCAAUCUGUCUGGGCGUUUCAUCAGCGGGCCGCGCGGGGCCAUGCGGUCACGUGUAUUGCUGGGGCUGCGUACUGCACUACACAGCCGCACAUGAGAAACAGCCUCCUCCUUGCCCUGUAUGUGCAACUCCUUUACAUGUCCAAGAUAUGAAACCCACACGGAUGGUGCAGUGGGAGCCACCCGCUGAAGAGGUUACAAUGCGUCUAGUUCGCCGUUUACGAGGUUCCACAAUAGUGGAAAUAGCACCUCCUCGAGGACAAUUGACUGAUUCUAAACCAACAGCAAUUUUGCCUCUUGAAACCAUCAAUAAUGCACCUUAUUCCAAGUUUUUUACUGCUACAAAGAAACAGGUACAAGAAAUAUUAGAGAGAGAAAGAAUGGAAAUACAAAACCAAAUAUUGGCUGAAAUAGAUACAACAGAAAUUAUAUAUUUAGAACAAGCCUUAAACUUACUGAAGUUAAAAGAGGAGAAACUAAAUACAGUAGUUGAUAAACUUGAGAUUGUUCAAACAGUUACUGAAAAAGCAGUACCAACUGUCUAUGAAAAACAGGAGGUUAAUAAGAAUAAAAUUGACUGGUUUGAUGUAACUGAGGAAGGCGCUGCUUCUAUUGAAGUCAUACAGGAUCAAAUGGAAGAAUUGGGUAUAGAAACCAGUCAAUCAAACUUAAACCCAGAAGCGCCAGCAUUCAAUCAGAGUGAUACAGAUGACAAAAUUUUGGAAAUGGAAGAAUUUCCUUUAACUGAAGAUUUACCUACCUUAGAGCUCGAUGAAAUAGUGAAUAAUCCUACAGUUACAGACAUUGAUAAAGAAAAUCAAACAAAAUAUUUCUACUUCUAUCAAGCUGAAGAUGGCCAAUUGGUAUUUCUUAACAAAUUGAAUGUACGCAUUUUGAACUCGUCUUGGGGUGCCCUAUCGGCCGCCCCGCCUAUUAUUCGAGGUCGCGUACUACAACGUGAAACCUUUCCACUUAUUGAACAAACUCGAAAGCAUAUGCCUUGUACGGCUCACCUGCCUCUCCACUGUUCAUUUGAUAUUGUGGAACUGGAUUUGCAACCACCAUAUGUAACUACAGUUGCCCUUAACAAUUUUGCAGAGGAAUUAGAACGUCGAGCUCGAAAUCGGGCUCGUCAGCAACGUGAGGAACGUCGUCGCGAACGCGCGCACCGCCGUGCCGUGGAAGGCCCGCCGAAGCCUGACUUUUCAUCUGAAGUGUUGUUCCCACCCGCGGCUCCGUCAUACAGCAGUCAAAUAGUGGAUGUCCCUCUGCCUUCACUUGAUGAAUCUGGCUCAACUACAAGCACUAUGUCUCCACCCUCUUCGGGGCCAUCUUUUGCUAAGAUGGCAAGUACUAGCGGCACUUGGCGUGUUCGCAAAGCAGCUGCCCCGCCAUCGCCCUCGCCCGCAGACGAUGACGAUGGACUCGUUCCUCGUACUCUUAGUCUGAGCGAUGCUAUAGAGGCCGCCCUUCACGCCGCGCCUUCUUCCACGAACAAGAAGAACAAAAAGAAUAAACCUAAAGCUUUAUAUUCCAAAAGCAUUAAAAUUCCCCUUAAUUUGACAUAAUUAUGUUAUAUAUUUAAUUUAACUCCAGAUGUCGCGAUGACUUCAAAUAGAUGUCGCUUCUGCAAAUACUUUGGCAUUUGUUACCUGCCCUGUAUAAUCUCAAAAGUGUCUAACGGACUCCUAACUUUAAAAUUCCUUUAUUAAAAACAUGUUUAGAUGAGUAUUACAAGAGGUAGGUAACAAUAAAUUGCUUUUGUAAGAACACAGUACAAUGGAAAACGUUUUCUAUACAUUGUGCUAUCUAUUUCCAUCUACAUCUAUAGUUUGAAUUAAUUUCUUUGUAAUUUUUAGCAAUUUAGGCGCCGAACGUUUAACACUGCUCCAAGCUACUUAUUAGAGGUGAAAUACGUUUUGCAAAAUGUGCGUGGACGGAUUAGCGGUCGAAGAUUGAUGGUUUAUAUAGAAGGUUGUAACACCUCUAGUAAUAAUAAUAGUAGUCAAUCUUCGAGUGUUGGCAUUCGCACGUAUACUAAUGAUAGCGAAUUAAACAAAAAUAAUUCUAUUUAACCCGUGACAUUUUUGUAAAAUAUUUGUAAUUUAACUAUUUUUGCAAUAUAUGUAUAUUUUUAAAACAAAAUAGAUGGAAGGAUCUUGCCAAUACCAAAGUUAACAAAUACAAAGUUUGCAACAAUGGCUUGUGCAGCAAGAAUCAUUUGUUCAUCAAAAUAGUAUGCAUAAUUACAUAGUUCGAGCAAUACCCACGAGUUUAUGAUAAGUCAACAGCUGAAUCUAGCUCUUUCUAUGUUAUAAGAAUUUUAGUCGAGUUUUACAUGGUAACAAAUUAUUUUUAAUUUGUUACUAUCAGCAUCAGUUUAUCUGCUUUUUCUUAUAAUGACAGAAUAAUUUGUUUAAUAAAUUUUUAUUUGCACAUAUUAUUUUUUUCAUUAAUUUUUCAUAUAUUUCGUCAUCAAAUUUAUUACAAUAUUAAUGUAUCUUGUUACGUUCAUUUACAUAUAAUAAUAUAAUAAAAAAGUUUGACUCAAUUUUGUUACCCUUGUACCUGUUGCUCAAUUUUCUCUUCGCUUUUUGUCAAUAAUAUCCAGUCGAUGUAUGACUCGUAUAAAUGUUGUUAUUAAUUAAACAGAUUUUGUUGUUGUAUGCGCUUCAUAUUUUAUUAGAUUUGUAGCUUAUAAAUUGUCUAAAAUAUGUAUGCAAAUUAUAUUAUAUAUAAAAUGGUAACGGAUUCAAAGCUUGAUUUACUCUUAUCAUUAUAAUUUUCGAUUUGAAAUAAAGAUAACUGGAACAAA